CCCGAACGUGCCUCCAGACGGACGAUAUACAUGCUCUGGAGGAUGUCCCUGCUGGCCCGCUCUUCCUCAGUUCCUGCGUCACCAUAUUCUCAAUAAACAUCGAUAAUGGAGGAGCCUGCGACUCAUUCCCUGGCCAACCUCUUUUCGCCUACGUCUCAUGCUAGUACCAUACAUUCAGAGCGUCUCUCCACCGAAGCUGGUAAUGCUCAGUCGUCAAUAGCAGACAACAACCACCCAGUCACCACCAAUGCACUCGUACGGCAUCGAGACUUCUGGUUCUGCGACGGAUCCGUCGUGCUUCGCGCGGAGAACACGCUCUUCCGUGUGCACACAUCCCUGCUCUCUCGAAAGUCUCAGUUCUUCAGUGAUCUAUUCUCUAUGCCUCAGCCGGCGGUGCCUGGCGAAAAUGAUGAGAUGCUUGACGGGUGCCCGCUGCUUGUGCUGGACGACUCAGCAGAGGAUGCGGCCAAUCUGCUCAAGGCAUUGUACGACGGUCCUUGCUUCGGGAAGAACGACCGAGAGGAUUUCUGUGUCGUUUCGGGCGUGUUGAGGUUAUCGACGAAAUAUUUCGUGGAUCACCUGAGGGAGAAAGCAUUGGCACAUUUACGCGUCGCAUGGCCAUCGACGCUCAAGGGGUGGGAUGCGAGGGAGGAUCUAGCUCGAGCAUACGAAUGCCAGAGUGGAUCUCAUAGAGGACACUUAUAUCCAUCGCCAGUGGCGAUCAUUAAUCUUGCAAGAGAAAUUCAUGCACCAGAACUGCUCCCGUCAGCCUUUUACGACCUUUCACGCUACCAUUAUGCGCAAAUAUUUGAGCCAGCUGAAGAGGAGCCGUUACGGGCGCAGCCACGAGCGUAUACGCUUUCGACAACGGAUAUCCAGAAACUCACGCUGGGCAAGGAGUCGUCACAGAACGCCGUGGGCACUCUCAUUCAGAGCAUGGGCAGCGAUAUACAUCGGGAAGAGCGCACAUACGGGCACCUCUCUCACUGCACCAUGGCUUCUUGUACACAUCACCGGCGGAGGUCUUCCGGGAACGUGUGCGUCUCUGUGGCGGCAUGCCGGAAGGACUUCUCGGAGCUGGUAGACCUUGCUACGCAGCAUUACCUCUUCGAUCGGGAGCGCGGGUGCACGGACCCGCUGUAUGUGGCGGAGGAGCUGGGGCAGCUGAAGAGUGCGGAGUUCUCGGAGUGCAAGGCGUGUGCGCGGGCGCUGGAAAAGUGGGCGGCGAGGGAGCGGGAGAGGAUCUGGAAGCUUAUACCAAUGUGGUUUCGCCUUGAUCUAUGAUUCUUGCUGAUAUGCUAAACUCUGAUUGGGCAUUCCAGGUUAGCUCCACUUGUUGUUGAUGUUUGUGGUUGUGCUCGUCGGAGGAGGGCAGCGUCCGCAACUAUUUAACAAAACUAACCGAUAUCACACUUCAUCUCAUUUCUUGUGUACAUACAUUCAGCCUUCGCUAUUCUAAAUGUACCAUACAGGUCGAGAUUAAUACGAGCAAGCAGCACAAUGCAUAUUCAGC